UGUUUCAUCGACUCUCGCUUCUCUCUCUCUUCGUCCUGUCUCCCUCCUAGAAACAACCUCGAAUCCCACUCCUUCAGCCCUACAGCGAGCCGUCCAUCCUGUCAAUCCUCCCUUCUGGAUCCUGCGACCAUCCACAAUUCCUUCUUGAGCUGGUCCUCAUCGUCCCAAACCCCCUUUCCCGUCGUUCGUCGCAGUCCAUCCGCGCACUCGCCCGCGGGACUUCUUUGCUUGGUUGUUUACAUAGGCGUCACUGGCAGAUGGGCUACCAGCCGCGCAACAUGCCCGCUGCCUACGAACAACUACGGCCUAGGGGGGAUGCGAGGAAUAAUCGGCAGAAUAUGGCCGAAUUGAAGCUCAGGAGACUGACUGAGCUCAAUGCGCGCCUGAGAGAAGACCUGGAGAGGCCGAGGGUAAAAGUGACAGAGGCUUCGAUGUCGCUCAUCAAUUAUUGCAACAACACACGGGAUUUCAUGGUACCUUCAGUGUGGGGCCAGGUCGAGAAACGAGAAGACCCUUACGCUCCUCAGCAGUCUGGCGGCUGCUGUAUAAUAAUGUAGAAUGCCCGUUCAUCGAUAUCCGCCCCACCGUUCUCCUUCCCAUCAACCGUCCCCGGCCUUUCGAUCCCUACUCGCUCUCCUCAUCUGUCAUAUCCUAAUUUCUGCUCCCUACGACCGAUAUCUCUAAUGACUCUCAAUUCUCUUUUAUAACGCACAUUCAUAUACAAACGCAUUUCACCGGCCUCAACUCAUGUUACGUUCGCCCUGAAAUGAGAACGAUUUGGAAGGACUCUCCGUGUGCUCUUCAUGGGAACUGCAGAUGUGAUGGGUUUCCUCGUCAGGCCGCGCAUGGUUGAGCAUGUGAAAUGGCAUCUCCCACGGGGACGAAGGGAGGCGCUUUCCUUUUGAUCCACGUUACGUUUUCCGUGGCCCGUUUUCCCCCGUCCUACAUAAACCAGGAGCUUUUUUUCGCGAUCCGUUCUCCGAAUCCGGCAUUUUACCUCACUUAGUUUUCCAAGGACUGUUCCACCACCUGACCUUGAUUUCCAUCAAAAUCCCCUUGGGCCCUCCGACCCUUGCCACAAUUUCCUUUUGUCCUUUGAACUCGAUCCUGUUUCGUUAACGGCUUUCAUUUCUGUACCUAUUCUUCUGAGUUAUUCUCUUAUUCGGAAUAAUCCUUGUCCCGUUUCAGACACUUUCCUCAUUUUUCACAAGCUUGUUUGAUUGUUCCAUUUCCUCUUUUAUGGUACCGUUUCCUUUGCGAAUUUUGCAUUCAUCAGCCCACUUUAUACUGCCUUGGGUUUGAAAGCCCGGUCAGAUUGAGUGUAUCCUUGAAAUCUUCUGUUGUAAAAAUAGCUUUUGGGACAGAGAAGGGAGAGUCAGCAAUGAGCAAGAAAAACUUCUUAUCUUUUCAAA